GCUGAGAUUGCGUCUCCAGGUGUGACACACACACACACACACACACACAGGUUUAGCUGAGAGGAGGGUGGAGACGAGCUUGGUCUAUCCCUGGACUUUAACACUUGUGAUCUACAAGGACUCUGUACUGUAGAAGAACACCUUCAAAUCAAGACUAAACACACACAUCUUUAGGAGUAACGAGGUCUUGUGUUACGGAUCCAGAUUUCCCACAUGUUGUGAUUCUGAAGUAUUGAGAUGCCGCUGAGGACGUCGCUGCACCGCAGACCCGCCUCUGGGAGAUGGAGAUUAUCGAGCCGAAAGGAGGUCGUGUCGAUGAACAUGAUCAGUCUUCCUCUGGCUGACUUCCGGCAUCUCUCCCACAUCGGCGUCGACGGACACACGGAGAGUUUCGGAGACCUGUCGUUCCUGAAGGAGGGCCGGAGUCUCCUGCUCCAGAGCUCCAGGAGCGAGCAGAACCUGUUCCUCACGAGCGGCCCGCCUCCGAAGCCGCCCCGCAUCAGCCUGGAGGAGGAUCCGAUCCGGGAACACGGGCCGGGAACCAGAUCCGGGAACCCGGUCCGGGAACACACUCGCAGGCAGAAGUGCAGCUCGCUCCCCCUGCUGGACGUCGAGGAAGAGGAGGACGAGUGUGUGGAGUCGAGAGGCAUGAGCAUCAUCAGGAGUCCUGCUCGGGGAAGCCUGAGUUCUGGACGAGAUUCGACACAAACAAACCCGGAAGAAACGCAAAGAAACGAACCGGAGGAAACGGAUCAAACCGACGCCGAGUUCACAUUCAGUCUGGAUCUGGGACCCUCGAUACUGGACUCUGUGCUGCAGGUGAUGGAGAAAGUCCAGCUAUAGCUCUGUGUGUGUGUGUGUGUGUGUGUGUGUGUGUGUGUGUGUGACUGGAUCUGGGACCCUCGAUACUGGACUCUGUGCUGCAGGUGAUGGAGAAAGUCCAGCUAUAGCUCUGUGUGUGUGUGUGUGUGUGUGUGUGUGUGUGUGUGUGUGUGUGACUGGAUCUGGGACCCUCGAUACUGGACUCUGUGCUGCAGGUGAUGGAGAAAGUCCAGCUAUAGCUGUGUGUGUGUGUGUGUGUGUGUGUGUGUGUGUGUGUGUGUGUGUGUGUGUGUGUGUGUGUGUGUGUGUGUGUGUGUCACUGGA